CUCUCAGCACCCAACUCGUCUCACUCAGCCGAGCCUCACUCACAAUGGCCACUAGCACUAAGCUUGCAGCUCUUGGCUUUGUUGUCCUUGUGAGCAUUGGGUUCGCCGAUGCAGCAAGGAUGCUAGCUAGCUCCUCCAGUGCUUCGGGUGGUGGUGGAGGAGGUGGAGGGGGAGGCGGUGCGAAUGGUGGGAGUGGAUAUGGUGCAGGUUCUGGGUCAGGUGGAGGCUUAGGAUAUAGUGAGAGCGGCGGAGAUUGGGGUAAGAAGUGGAACUUCGCCAAGGGAUUUGGUGGAGGAGGAGGAGCUGGUGGUGGCGGAGGAUCAAAGGGUGGAUCCGGGUCUGGUUCCGGAUCCGGCUUCGGCACUGGCAGCGGCGCGACUGGCUCCGCAUCGGCCCCUAGCGGCGAUGGUUAUGCUAGUGCUGAUGGUAAGGGUGGAGGCGGCGGCGGAGGUGGCGGUGCAAACGGAUCUAGCGGAACCGGAGCCGGAGAUGGCCUUGGCAAGGGAUAUGGUGAGAGUGGCGUGUCAAAGGCACCGGCUCCUGCUGCCGGUGGCGAUGGUACUAGCUACUCUGAUGCUGGCGGUAGUGGUAACGGUGGUGGAGGCGGUAACAACGGAAAUGGAGGUGGUGCCGGCGCUGGCGCUGGACAGGCCGGCAGCGACGACACUUCUGGAGGCUUUGCAAAUGGAGGAGGAAGCGGCAACGGUGGUGGCGCAAUUGGAGGUGGCGCUGAAGGUCCAAGCGUUGGGGUUGGAUCUGGUGCUGGGUCUGGCGCCGGUCAGACCGGUAGCACUGGCUCUUAUGGCGAUGGAUAUGCCACGGGAAUGGGCGGUGGCAUGGGUGGCGGCACCGGUGAGAGCCAGAAUGGCGGAACUGGCAGCGGUGGAGGUAGUGGAUCCGGAUCAGGUAGUGGAGGAUACAACUAAACUACCCUUUAUUGAACAAGCAAGAACGGGACCUUCACAUGUAUUUUAAUUUCCAUCAUUUUACUAGUAUUUCAAUCGAAGGACAUGUGGCAUGCACUAAGGGGACAAAAUAGCAUUUCGUGAAUUAGCAUUUAAGUCCUACAACUGUUCAGGCGGGCUUGUGCCAAUAGACGUAUUAAUAAUAAUGUGAAGGAGUACCUCCUUUGUAAUUUUCUCUA